UCUUGGUCCUUAUGGUCGGUAGGCGUCCUGAUCCUAUUUCUGCUCCAUCCUCCGUAGCAAUGCAGGAGGGAGCUGAUAGCUGACUAAAGCAGAUGGAAUACCUUUUAUAAUGGCGCUGUUGUGGCUUGAAUGUUGACAACUACCGCAAGGAUGAUGAACGAUAUUUUAGAGGAGCCCGAGAAAGACAACCUCCUAGAGGCGUUACCGAAGGCUCAAGUUUCGACGGGCCCCAGUAGCAGUACAAGACCUAAGAAUGCCGAGGUAAGUAUACGGCCAAUGGAAAAAAGAGGACCCUACAUCAUGUCAAGAGCUCCAGCUAUCCACCACAAACUCCAGAAGCACAGGGAGAUGGCAAGGAAAGCCCUAAAAAAGAAGGCCCUCUCGCCAGGACCUCCAGUUUUGCAUCAGCCUAGACAAAGUGGUAAAAGGAAAAUGAAGUAUAACAAAGGAUAUACUGCUUUGAGUCAGCAUGCAGAAGAGACUUUGGUUGCACUGGAGUCUGACAGUGAGGAAGAGAUUGAUUUUGAACAUUAUUCCUCAGGAUAUUCCUCAGCUGAGGUUCAUCCUGACCUAAGUAAACAGCUGCUUAAGGAUGGUUAUAAUCUCGAUGAGAUUCCAGAUGAUGAAGACUUGGACCUUAUCCCUCCCAAAGCCAUGGGUUCUUCAUUGUGUUGUUGCUCUGAAGGGCCGUCUUGCUCCAUGCAGUGAAGCUGGUGCUAUUGCCCGGUCUUCAUAUUUUCUGAGAGGCCCACAUUUCUAGGACCUCCAUUUCUGAAGCCAAAAUGUUUAUGAUAACAGGACUUUUUAUCACCCAGUGUAAUUGCACAAUGAACAUGGACACCUACAAGAGCAAGCCUUAUCCACUGUGACCCCUAUUUUUAUACAGCUGCAAAAAGUACUAACAGUGUCUUCUCAGUGUGUUUGCUUUUGGACCCUGUUGACCAACUGAAGACUGGUUACUGUCUGUCCCUUUUCAUGACCAUGAACGCAUCUGCACUAUGUGUGUAAGGGACAAAUCAGAUGUGAUCCAUAUGUUUUAUUGAGGUUACAGUUUUAGUUUUGUACUGACUAACCAAAGUGUUAUAUAGCAACUGCUAAUGUAAGUAUUCUGUUCAUUAACAACAAAUUGCAAUUAUUGUCACUAUACCUCACAGCACUUUUUGUUCAUGAUUUUUGCAUUGCAAACUUUAUUUUUUCCAUACAUUCUUUCACUAAAUCUAAUUACUAAAUGUACCUUUUUAAAAAAGUAUGUUAUUGACCUAGCAAGUUCAUUUAUUGUUUUUCACACAUGUAAGACCAAAAGUUUAGUUUUUUUAAAACCUAAUUUUAAAAAUUUUAAUGCGCAAAGCUUUUAUAUUUAAGUAUUUAUUUAUUGUUAUUAUUAUAGUAUGUCUUUUGUUUUUCUUUUUUUUAAAUGACCACUUUUACUGGACUUUUUCUUUUAGUUGCAACAUUUUGCUGGCAUGGUUCUCAUGUUUGCUUUAUAUAUAUUGUUACUUCAAACUGACAAUGAAAUUAACCACAUAGCUAAUAGUUAUUGUAUGAAUUAUGAUAAUGAAAACUGUAUCUCUAAGAACGCCUUAAAGCUGUGUCAGAAUAAAUGAUAAUGAUUUGUGUAAGAACAAUUGGAAAGUUGCAUUUUGUGUUCAGAUGUUAAUUGAUUAGAGGAAAAAUGUUCACCCAAGUUCAGACAUUGCAUAGUGUGACUCUGAACAACUCUUACACAUCUGUACUAUGCAAAUACUGGGACAAUCUGUGUUAAACUGUAUAUGACAUUGUGAUAAGUGUAAAAUACAAUAUUUCAAUCUGC